CCCUUCAAACGUUACAGUAUUUUUCCUCUCUCUGUCUCUUAUUUCGCUGAUUUCUUCGUCUGCUGCAUUCAGUGAAGCUCAGACCCCUGCUUCUCUCAUCAAUUAUGUCAUUUCAGUGAAGCUCAAAUGGCUUCUCACCCAAAAUCCAGAGUGUUUCAGACCCAAUGUAACAGAACCCACCAGCUGGGUGCCCUAGCCAUAGCCAUUCUCACAUUCUUCAUCACCAGGCUCAUUGACAAUCCACUCACUUCCUGCUCCUUGCGGUCCCCAACUGACCCAACUUUAUCCGAACGCAAUUCCAUCGAUCUCGUGAGUAAUGGCAGAUUGAAUUGGCCUGAACAUGGUUAUGGUUCUUCUCUCUCUCUAAGAAUAUAUGUUUAUGAAGAGAGAGAGAUUGAUGGCCUGAAAAAUCUACUAUAUGGAAGGGAUGGUUCGAUUACAGCUAAUGCUUGCUUGAAAGGCCAGUGGGGAACUCAGGUUAAGAUCCAUCAAUUGCUUCUUAAGUCAAGCGUUCGGACCAUGAAUAAAAAUGAAGCACAGCUCUUCUUCGUGCCAUCUUAUGUCAAGUGUGUGCGAAUGAUGGGUGGCCUUAAUGAUAAGGAGAUAAACCAAACAUAUGUUAAGGUUCUAAGCCAGAUGCCAUAUUUUUGCAGAUCUGGAGGUCGGGACCACAUUUUUGUCUUUCCUAGCGGAGCUGGAGCACACUUGUUUCGAUCAUGGGCGACUUAUUUGAAUCGAUCCAUCAUUCUUACUCCAGAGGGUGAUCGGACUGAUAAGAGAGACAUAAGUGCCUUCAAUACAUGGAAAGAUAUUAUCAUCCCAGGAAAUGUUGAUGAUGGCAUGACAAAAUUUAGUGGCCCCACUUUAGUCGAACCCCUCCCUUUGUCAAAAAGGAAAUACCUGGCAAAUUUCUUGGGUCGUGCUCAGGGCAAAGCUGGUCGGUUGCUGCUACUGGAGCUUGCAAAGCAGUUCCCAAAUAACCUGGAAUCUCCAGAGCUACAGCUCAGUGGCCCUAACAAACUGGGAAGGACUGAAUACUUUGAACACUUAAGGAAUGCGAAGUUCUGUCUUGCGCCUCGAGGGGAGUCAUCAUGGACUCUUCGCUUUUAUGAAGCUUUCUUUGUGGAAUGUGUGCCUGUUAUCUUGUCAGACCAAGUGGAGCUACCCUUCCAAAAUGUGGUUGACUACACCUGGAUCUCCAUCAAAUGGCCUUCAACCCGGAUAGGCCCUGAGCUUUUGGGGUACUUAGAUUCUAUACCAGAUGAAGAGAUAGAGGGGAUGAUAGCUCGAGGUAGGCAGUUAAGAUGCCUAUGGGUUUAUGUCUCAGAGAGUGAACGUUGCUCAGCGAUGGGUGGCAUCUUGUGGGAGCUUCAAAGGAAAGUGAGGUUGUUUCAUCAGUCGACUGAGACAUUUUGGCUGCAUAAUCGAACUGUGGUCAACAGAGCCUUGGUUCGCUUUGACAACUGGAUUCCUCCGAUGCCUUUGCCUUGAUUUUUCUCAUGCUUGAAAAGUUAGUCUGAGAAAAGGAAAACUCCUGUCUCAUUUUUCUCUGACCAUUAGGCAUCCCCAAAGCAUCUUUUUCUCGCUUAUCAUUAGGCAUUCCCAAGAACACCAUUUCCUGUAUCAUCAUUUUACACCCCCAACAACACUCUCUCUCACCUUAAGGCAAGCUGAAGAAUAUCAUUCUGUCUCAUCAUUUGACACUUCCAAGCAGACUCCUUGAUUUAAGCCCAAGUGUUAGGUGCAAUAUUUGCAAGAAAAGUAUUCUUUUGGUAAAGAUGAUGCAUUGCUGUUCUCUUGUUUCUUAUUGGCCCAAGAAAUCCAAUGGUGGAAGAUGUUACUGGGUAGUAUCUUGUUUCUUAUGGGACGGACUCCCUGGAUUGCCUGCGGACCGUUCAAUCGCAAAGUUGGAAUUUUUCUUCUUGGGUGGGGGUAUUGGAAAAUUUUUAUUUUGCCUUCACUAGUGUGAUGCUUCAAGAAGUAGACAGUUCACUGAGUUCAGUCUUUGUAAUUUGGGUGAACAAAGAAUUUUUGUGUUCACAGAGAAUUGAAAGAAUGUGAAAACAAAUUGAGUGAUGAUUUGGUAAGGGAAAUGUAAUCUGGUUUUUUAUUCCCUUCAGUCUUUGAUUUGGUGAUCAGAAAUGUAUUCGUAGUUUAUUACCAAAGAGAAAAAGGUUUUGUAAUUUGCAGCUGGAAACAUGCUCAUGUUCCAGUGGCUUACACUUUGAACCAGUCGUUGGAGCUGUUCUGA